UAGGGUCAGGUUGGAAAGAGUGGGUUAUUGGUUUUUGAGCGGACAUCCUCGCUCCUGAUUGGACGGGAAGGUGUCGGAGGAAAGCGGCUGAGUGGAGAGAGACCCAACAGCAGUGUAUCUCCCCCUCGCUACCUGCUGACUCCGCUGGUUGUUUCUGUGAUCCGAGAGCUCUGGGAUGUGACUGCUCUGCUCACCGGAGGAAUACAGCGUGCUUCCGAGGGAUUUUCUCUGUCAGCCGGAUCAUGGCCGCGGACGGACGCGGAGCCGCUUUGGCUGUACCGACCACUUGGGUUGCGCUGCUUUUAUGCGUAAAAAUGACUGUUGUGUGCGCAGUAGAAGAAACGGUGAUGGAUACGAGGACAGCGACAGCUGAGCUUGGCUGGAUAUCGUUUCCUGCCAACGGAUGGGAGGAGGUGAGCGGCUACGAUGAGAACCUGAACACCAUCAGGACAUACCAGGUGUGCAACGUGUUUGAGCCCAGCCAGAACAACUGGCUUCUGACCACCUACAUCGACCGGCGGGCGGCGCAACGCAUCUACGUGGAGAUACGCUUCACGGUUCGGGACUGCGCCUCCAUACCGAGUGUGCUGGGUUCCUGCAAAGAAACAUUCAACCUCUACUACCUAGAAACUGACAGAACUGUGUCAGAGAGCAUCAAAGGGGUGGAGUAUUGGGCCAAUGCUCCAUAUCUAAAGGUGGACACGAUUGCAGCGGACGAGAGUUUCUCCCAAGUUGAUUUUGGGGGCAGACUGAUGAAGGUGAACACAGAAGUUCGGAGUUUCGGGCCUCUUUCCAAGGGCAGAGGUUUCCAUUUGGCUUUCCAGGAUUUGGGAGCUUGCAUGUCCCUCCUGGCUGUCAGAGUGUUCUACAAAAAAUGCCCCAGCAUUGUGCAGAACUUUGCUUUUUUCCCAGAGACACUGACAGGAGCAGAGUCCACCUCGUUGGUUAUCGCCAGAGGAAGCUGCAUCCCAAAUGCUGAGGAAGUCGACGUUCCCAUAAAGCUCUACUGUAACGGAGAUGGAGAAUGGAUGGUGCCAAUUGGCAGUUGCAGCUGCAAGGCAGGCUUUGAACCAGAUAACGGCAACGUGUGUCGAGCUUGUCCUCAGGGCACCUUUAAGUCAUCCCAGGGGGCAGGAUUAUGUCAGCAGUGUCCACUCAACAGCCGCUCCACCAUCGAAGCUGCCACCCUCUGUGGGUGUCGAAACGGAUAUUACCGUGGAGACAUGGACAAACCGGAGGACAUGUGCACCAGCGUCCCCUCAGCUCCUCGAAACGUGGUCUCGGUUGUGAAUCAGACGUCUGUGCUGUUGGAAUGGAACCCACCCCGCGACACCGGGCAUCGCGAGGACUUGACCUAUAACAUCGUGUGCCGCAGAUGCCACAGCAGUGAGCGGCGGGCGUGCCAGCCAUGUGACGACAGCGUCAAGUUCACGCCAGGCAAGGAGGUGCUGAAAGGAACGAGAGUGGAGAUCAGCAAGCUGCGGGCUCACAUGUCUUACACCUUUGAUAUCCAGACAGUCAACGGGGUGUCCAACAAGAGUCCUUACCCCGCCCAGCAGCUGUCAAUCAACAUUACAACCAAUCAGGCAGCUCCCUCUGUAGUUCCCAUACUGCACCAAGUCAGUUCAACGAGCCGCAGCUUCUCGUUGUCAUGGCCACCGCCCGAACAGCCCAACGGGAUCAUCCUUGACUAUGAGAUCAGAUACUAUGACAAGUCCCAGUCAUCAGGGCUGAACAGCUCAGUGGUCCAGAGUGAUUCUCCUAAUGUGGUCCUUGAGGGUCUGAGGCCUGGAACUGGCUACGUGGUCCAGGUGAGGGCCCGCACCGUGGCUGGCUAUGGAGCCUACAGCAAGGAGAUGCUCUUCCAGACUCUCACGGACGAUGAGUACAAGUCUGAGCUCGGGCAGCAGCUGUCUCUGAUUGCAGGCUCUUUAGUUGGUGGAGUGUGUAUCGUCUCUUUGGUAGCCAUUGCUAUCAUCUGUACCAGAAGGAGGCAGCUGAAGGAGAGUGUGUUUGGUGACAAGCUGCAGCAGUACAACACAGGAGAAGUCAUGCUCAGACCAGACAUGUUCAGUGGUCCCACCCCCACCGUGACCUUUCCCACUCUCUCUGAGGGCCGAAGUUCACCAGGGGUCAAGAUCUACAUCGACCCUUUUACCUACGAAGACCCCAACGAGGCAGUCCGGGAAUUCGCCAAAGAAAUCGACCCGUCUUGUGUCAAAAUAGAGGAAGUGAUAGGAUCAGGUGAGUUUGGCGAGGUGUACAAAGGCCGACUGAAACCUGUUGGGAAAAAGGAAAUUCCAGUGGCCAUUAAGACCCUAAAAGUGGGUUACUCAGAGAGGCAGAGGAGAGACUUCCUGGCUGAGGCAUCAAUCAUGGGUCAGUUUGACCAACCGAACAUCAUCAGACUGGAGGGUGUGGUCACCAAAAGCAGGCCAACAAUGAUCAUCACAGAGUUUAUGGAGAAUGGAGCUUUGGACUCAUUUCUGAGGCUAAAUGAUGGACAGUUUCCUGUAAUCCAGCUGGUCGGAAUGCUGAGGGGAAUUGCAUCUGGAAUUAGGUACUUGGCGGAGAUGAGUUACGUUCACCGAGACCUGGCAGCAAGAAACAUUUUGGUAAACAGUAAUCUGGUGUGUAAGGUGUCUGACUUCGGCCUAUCGCGGUAUCUGGAGGAGGACACCUCUGACCCCACCUACACCAGCUCUCUGGGAGGUAAAAUCCCGGUACGGUGGACGGCUCCAGAGGCGAUCGCCUACAGGAAGUUCACUUCAGCUUCAGAUGUCUGGAGUUACGGCAUCGUCACCUGGGAGGUGAUGUCGUACGGGGAGAGACCUUACUGGGACAUGAGCAACCAAGAUGUGAUAAACGCCAUAGAGCAGGACUUCCGGCUGCCUGCCCCCAUGGACUGUCCGGUGGUGCUGCACCAACUGAUGCUGGACUGCUGGCAGAAAGACAGGAAUGCACGGCCAAAGUUCCCAGACAUCGUCAGCAUGCUGGACAAAAUGAUCCGCAACCCCGCGUCUCUGAAAGCCGGCACCAACAACAUCCCCCCUGGCCCGUCCCAUCAUCAUCCCCUGUUAGACCGCGGCGCUCCAGAUCUGAGCAGGGUGAGCUCGGUGGAGGACUGGCUGGCUGCUCUUAAGAUGACCCAGUACAGAGACUCCUUCAUUGGAUCGGGCUUCACCUCUUUGCCUCUCGUCACACAAAUCACAGCCGAAGACCUGCAGAGGAUUGGGGUGUCUCUUGCAGGACAUCAGAAGAAAAUCCUGACCAGCGUUCAGUCAAUGAGGCACCACGCCGAUGACCAGUCUCCUACUGAAUCUGUGUAGCGACAUCAGCAUUCAGCCUGUUGGCCAACACGCUGUUCUUCCACACGUCUUUCCAAACCUUAACUUUACCACGUCCGAUGGUCCCAGUUCUUUCAUUUCACAAUCAUUGCAGUCAUUUAGAUGAUCAGCCAAAUAUGUCCUUCAAUAAGUGGAUGUAGUUUUCAUCUCACAUGACCGGAAAAACUGGAGUAGCAUCUGGAGUUUAAUCCGUAGGGGUUAUUUAUUACAUGCAAACAAGCAUCACUGUGGAAAACUGGAGACUAGUGUCUGACCUUAAGGGCAUCUCACCAAAAAUCACCCCAACUCCACGUGCAAGACGUCUUCACCCACUGAGCUCCAUCAGCCAUUUGCACCAAGCUGACUGACCUGAGGGAGACAGGGUGUUUUGUUUUUUUAAUCUAAAAAUAAAUCUUACAAACAUUACGUGAUGUUUGUAUAAAUGGACAAACUGGACCAAACGCUCCAGAAAAAAAAAAAAAUCUGGAUGCAAGAUCCACACCGGGCCUUGUGACUUCCAGCAUGUUGUGUCGUGAGUACUUCAAUGUGUUUGUGAAAACUGCUGCCAUUUGAAUCUAGACAAGAGUCAGUGGUUUAAAUGGCACUUUUUAAUGCCUCUUCACAUUGAAGAGUUUGUACAGAAUCAUAUCCGGGAAGUUUAUUUCCUAUUUGCUCAUUUAAUUUAACUGUCAGCAAACAAAAAGGAGUUAGGGGAGUUUUAAAUCAUUAUUCACUUCCCUCAAAGCAUCGCCAGAACUCACUAAGGGCUGUCGACUGGAUAAAAACUAAAUUUUCUGGUUAAACGGCUCACAGUGCUUGGCCUACUAAAAAUACUUAAUUCAGAAAUAACUUAGAAUAGAUGUUUUUGUUCAAAAUCUGACGUCCUCUGAGUAAAUCCAUGUGGAAGAUGAAGAAUCGACUCAAAUAAAUAUAGUUUCUUGUUAGACUAUGAAGCAAAUCAGCUACACGCUGAGUAAAAAAGGGAAAGCAGCUUAGAAGAUGGUUUGAAUGUCGAUUAAAAACAGCUACAGAGCUGCAACUGUUGUGAAAGCGCUGCAGUGUCCAGAGAAUCUCAGAGGAGGUAUUGUCGUCCAGUGUUCUUGUGAUUUGGCUGCAGAUCCUAAAGCUGACAGCCAGUCAAGUGUUAAUACAGUGCAUGAACCGAGCACAAAUCCAGUGCUCGUGUUCCGUCCAUGCUCAGAACAAAUCUCAUUUCUGCCUGAAGUGUAUGGCCGCCAUCCAGAUGGUUAGCCAAUCAGACUUGAGAUAUCCGAAUAUCAGGAAGUAAGACUCCAAAACCUGCAGUGCUCUGAUCCCCUCUCCUGCAGCUAACUGCUACUUCCUGAAACUUCUCUUCGCUCCCACAGAGAUCGACUCACAGGACAUUCAUUUAUACUAGAGAACGCUGUUGAUUUAUUGAAAAAUGAGUGAACUUGGUCUUUAAAAAGGGGAGGGUUGGGUCAGCAUGAUUAGCGCGCCAUGAGAACUGGGCCAAACCAAGGCUUUUCACCAUGUUACAUAACAAAAACAUUGUCGAUGGGACCUCUGCACUGCGUCUCUUUCCACUGGGAGAUUUUCAAAUGUGAAAGUCGUGCGAGGUUACAAAUUCACUGGAUAAUUGCAAGAUUGUGCAUGACUUCUGCAGUUUAUAAUCAAGGUGAAAAGCAACUGGAAAUCUGCACGUGUCUUUUUUUAUAAAGUUGACGGGUGUUUUAUACUUACACUGCUCCCAUGUUUGGCCUGUUGUCUGGCCAGAUCUGAACUGCUGAGCUGAUCUGGAA